UCAGCACCGUGGACCCUAGCAUCGCAGCCGACGCGACGCUAAGCAAAGACAUAAUUAAAGAGAAGCUCGCGCCUUGCAAACUUCGGCUGUUUCUAAUCUUCUUUCAGGUUGCUUGCUGGCUUUGUGACAAAGGACCAUACACUGCUGUCGCGAUUGAUUGAGGGUAUCUGCUUCAACUUCACCUCCAAAUAAAUCCACUCUUGGAGCAGUCAGUCGCUUUGAGUUUUCAGGCAGCCCUCGGACCCCUCACUCUUUCCAUCGUCAUCAUUCCCCAAUUUGUCCUGACAGCCAACGCUUGCGUCUCGUCAUCAAUCUCUUCCUCCCCAUCCAAAGCUGCCAAAAGCAAUUCGCAAGCAGCUCAUUCCACGCAGCUAUCUAUUACCCUGUAAUAAUGCGUUUCUCCGCAACCGCCCUGCUGGCGCUGCCGCUGCUCGCGGCCGCCGCCGAGAGCCCGUAUGAGCAGUACAAGGCCAAAUUCCAAAGCUUCCUCAGCAACUUCGGCGUAGCGGGACCUGCUGCCGACAAGGCGAGCGCCCCCGCGACACCCAGCAUCAGCACCGGCAAGGCGAAGAAGAAGGUGACAGAGCCGAAGCCGAUCCAUACGCUCACGCUCGACAACUGGAAGGACACCCUCUAUGCGCCCGUUAAGGCCGAGGCGACGCAGCCCGAGGAGUGGCUAGUGUUGGUAAGCGGCCGGAAUAAGACAUGCUAUAGCCACUGCCUCAGGAUCGAAGCAGCAUUCAACGAGUCGGCGACAAAGUUCGCCGCGAUGCCGCAAUCGCCGAGCCUGGGAUAUGUCAACUGCGACGACCAGCCGGUGCUCUGCAACAGCUGGUCUGCGGGGACGGGCAACCUGUGGAUCUUUGAGAUGCUCCCGGCUCCCGCUCCGGUCGACAUCCACUACAAGCGCCUGAACCUCACGACGGUUACGUCGCAAGACAUCGUCGACGCCUACACGGGCAGGCCUGACAUUCAAUGGCGCAAGUUUGAGGGUUACUUCCACCCGAUUGACGGCUUCUUCGCCAAGUACGGCCUAUCUGUCCCGCUGGGCUACUUCUUCUGGGCCCUGGGCGCUAUCCCCUCGUGGGCCAUGAUGCUGGUGGUCUCGUUCAUGACCAGGACGAUGAUGAACCGCCGCAUGGGUGAUGCGAACCGGCAAGGAAACGCCGGUGGUGGUGCUGCGCCCCGUGCUGCUCCUCCCGGAGACGGCCGUUCUUAGGUGGAGAUGCUCGGUGCGUAUGUUGUAGGAUGGUUCCAUGGUAGCGACAUAUUACUCGGUGGGUCUGGGCUGGGGUUUGUGUUUUAUUUGCUCGGAUUUUGGGGUGUAUACAUGGUGGGCUGGCAGACAGUGGUAUCAACAUAUUGUGCACCGCUGCCGUCUCUCAAGGCUAGAGGUAUCAGAGGUGUCAGGACACGUGUUGCGCGGUCACGGGCAUAGCGAACAGACUCGUAUCAAUUCUUCCCCCUACAUGUCUCCUGCAAGUUUGCCAGGCCCUCAAGGACUUGCUCGUGCAGCCGGCUGUUAGCCAGGCGGCCGUAACGCAGAUCGCUCAUGCUACCCACGGUCUGCCGGAUAGAGGCAAGGAGAGCUGCUUCCUCUUCCUCUAGCAGUUGCAGCUCGCUUUCAAGCUCAUUGACGGCACUCUCCAUGUCUGGCAGGAUAGAGGCAAUGCUGUGCUUGGGAUUUUGCGAGCUUAGCCCAUUUCCAAGC